AUUGACUGAUUCGGUAGUUUAACCUUAGCGUUGUACUGAAUACCUAGCUCUAGACCUCCAGUAGCAACGUUAUGCUGAAUCGCGUCUUUUGUGGUUCUUUGUAUCCGGACUCUUUCGCUCCAGCUGCAAGCUUCAACCGCCAAUCUUAAGACCUCUCGGUAAAACAACACGUGCCUUGUCAUGCGACCGGUACCGCGUUGAACGUUCCUGGACGGUGCGACUGUGCAUUGCGCCCUAGCCAUGGUCUACAGGUCAACACCCAGUCUUCUCGUGUUUUGCAACCUUCCAAUGUCCUAACAUCAGCAUGUGCCCUGGAGACAUGCGCCCCAACCUAUUUCGCUAUGCUUCUGAGCGCGGCACGGUCCAGCUGAAAGGAUUUGCUCGGUUGCAACUCUUUACAAAUGACAUGAAGCUCUGGUUGUGAACGACCGGCUCGUCAUCUUUCAGUGCAAGAUGUUACUAGUUACCCUGACUUUCGCAGUACUCUUGCUGAGGGCUGCGGUAGAUGCUGCGGAAACUGUCGUAUUACCUCCUAUAUCAGUGAAACCAUCUAAUGCGUCUCAAGUCCUGGACCCAAGACUGGCUUCCUUCUCAAUAGAAUUUUCGUACAUGACGUCGUUUGGGGGGAAUAAAACCAAUCCGAACACUCUAACAAGGGAAUUGAUGCAGCGUCUUGUAGAACGGACGGGUGUUGGUCCUGAUGUCCGUCCGGGUGGAAUCACGAUUGAUAGUAGUGUAUAUUCGUCUACUGCACCUGCACUUGUGCUGGAUGAGAGCCCCGCCGGUGGUAUUUUUCGCACUACAUUUGGUCCCGCAUGGUACGAGUCUCUGGAGGCCUUCCCAGAUUCUUCCCUGAUCGUUGUGACCGUUAACCUUGGAAACGACACGAUUCAAUUCGCUCGGGACGAGAUCCAAGCUGCCAUCGAGCAUAUCGGAUGGAAGCGUAUUCGCGCCUUUGAGUUGGGUAAUGAACCAGACCAUUAUCCAGGCGGUUCUCGUCCACCACAGUGGUCUUCGUCAGACUACACAGCUCAGUAUUUGGGUUGGACUGCAUUCCUCUCGAGGAACCUGUCCCUGCCCUCUCACAUAUUCCAAGCGGGUGGGUUUGUCGAUACAUGGUCCACAAAAGAUAUUAUCGACGAGGGCGUGGAUACCACCGGGUCUGUCAAACUCUUUGCUCAACAUACAUAUCAGUAUUCCACUUGUGAUCCGGCAAGGAAUACGAUUGCGACCCUACCGAAUCUGGUCAAUCACCAGAACAUUACCGCAUAUCUGUCUCAAUGGAAACUACAGGUUGCAGCAGCCAAGAGCGUCGGGAAAGAGUUCGUCGUUGGGGAAUACAACUCAGUAUCGUGUUCCGGCAAGGAAAAUGUCACCAAUACAUUUGGGCAAGCGUUAUGGCUGGCGGAUACCAUACUGUUCGCGGGGUCGAUGGAUAUUUCUAGGAUGUACCUUCAUCAGGGUGCUACUCUGGUCCUCCAAAGCAGUCAGCAAGCAAAUACGCCAGGUUUUUCGUGGUAUGAUCUCUGGUACCCUGUCCCAACAGACCGAUACGGGUCCGCCCGAGCUUCGCCUUCAUUCGUCGCAUACCUUCUCAUUGCAGAAACCAUCGGUUCAUCCAACCAAUCCCAUAUCGCACUUCUUCCCUCAAUCUCCUCUCAUCCUCAAUUCGCUGCCUACGCCGUUUGGGACCCUGCGACUCGUGCAUCGGACGUUGCGAGAUUAGUAUUACUGAAUCUCGCAACUCGGAUUAUAACGAGUACGGAAGAAGAGAAGGAAGCUAUUGCGGUUACGGUUGACUUGAGUCCUUACGUUAGGGAAAAUCAGCACGCAACAAUGAAAAGGAUGACUGCGUUAGGAUUGGAUUCCACGGAUUCGAGGACAGCGACUUGGGCGGGGCAGAGUUAUGAGAAUGGGACGGCGAGUGGAGUCGAGGUGAUUGAAUCAUUGGAUGAAGGAAAGGUGACUGUGCAAGGGAGUGAAGGCGUACUGGUAUUCUUCUAAAGGGCUAACGUCAUUCCACACCACUCUGUUAGCACCUGUACAAACUGCCAUCAUAUCUGUCUGACAUGAUUGAAUGACGGGUCAAAGAGCUUGGUCACAAGUCAGAGAUAUAUACAUAUCAGUCCCAGUCAGACGCGACUGUGAUAAGUCAUGUACGCAUGUGGCUGCUUAGUACCAUCGGCAAGCAAGUGAACCAUGGAUAACAGCAGUUCUAACAAGG